UUUUUAUUUAGGUAGGCCUAAUAGCGCUCGACAUUAAUUUACAGUUCACGGGAUAGUUCUAAACUACUUUAGCCUACAUUGAAGCAGACAGCCUACACAUAACAAUGUUAUAUCAAAAUCUGAGACAAAUAGGUAAUCUGCCAGACGUUUAAACGCAAUGUGUGAAAAUGAAGACUACUGUCAGCCGCGUCGACCGGAUGAAUAUUCAUGAGCGGGACAGGUGGAGGAUGGAACUGCUGCGGUUUGGAGGUGUGAGCGGAUUACAGCGAAGUUCCUCGUGUGCCAUCAAGACAUCAGCUGACAACACGAUUCGUGACUAUUCGUGUAGCUGGCCUGGUCUCAGAAAGUAGCAUGCAUUUCAAAAGGAUUUUCGUCCAAUUGUGACACUUUUCCAGUUCACCCAGACGUCGCGGGGAAGAAGCAACUAAUAACCUUUCUUACUUGUUAUAUCUUGAGGGUUUAGCCUUCUCAAUAGUAGCCUAGUAUUCUGGUAUUUCUGUGGACUGAGAUGAGAUGAGGUCCUGGCAUGGCAAACUGUUCUUCUUCGCGGGUUUUGUAUGUGUGUUGAUGUUAACCUCGUGGCACACAUCAAAGUCAGAUAACUUGCCAUCGCAGCUGCAUUUGGUCUAUGAGAGGUUACUGCGGGCAGAACAACGAGGGGAGGUCUUAUCACAAGAGCUGCUUAAAGUGCUUGGUCAACUUCAAAACCGCAGCAUUGCUCCAUCGAAUAUCACAAUCAGUAACUCCUCAGCUUUAUUAGAAGAGAGGGUCCUUCGGCGCUUGUUGCCUUCGCAGCCUAAUGCCCACAUCUACUUGCCUCACCUGAAGGAGCAUGAGGGCAGUCUGAAACCCAUCGUUCAUCUGGGGCAGCGACGCACUGGAGAUGCUGUCAGAUCCGGAGUGAUAGAGGUGAUCUCUCCAUCUCCUCACUAUUACCCAGACUUUAGUAACCUGAAGGAAACGUUUGGAGACCCCAAGGAGCGAGUCAGAUGGAGGACCAAGCAGAACCUUGACUACAGUUUCCUCAUGCUGUAUGCGCAGUCUAAGGGCACAUACUACGUCCAGCUUGAGGAUGAUAUUGUAGCAAAGCAAGGAUUCUUUCAGUCCAUGAAAAAAUAUAUAGAGCAGGUGCUUUCCGAGGAGUGGCUUUUCCUGGAGUUUUCCCAGCUGGGAUUCAUUGGUCAGUGUCUUGUCCUGUCCUGUCUUUUUCUGACCUCUCUCAUUCUCUUCUCUCCCACCAUUUCUACAAAUGCAACAUUUGUGAAUGCUGUUGUCCAGACUGUACAGACCAAUCUCCCAGAUGCUGUCAGAUCCGGAGUGAUAGAGGUGAUCUCUCCUUCUCCUCACUAUUACCCAGACUUUAGUAACCUGAAGGAAACGUUUGGAGACCCCAAGGAGCGAGUCAGAUGGAGGACCAAGCAGAACCUUGACUACAGUUUCCUCAUGCUGUAUGCGCAGUCUAAGGGCACAUACUACGUCCAGCUUGAGGAUGAUAUUGUAGCAAAGCAAGGAUUCUUUCAGUCCAUGAAAAAAUAUAUAGAGCAGGUGCUUUCCGAGGAGUGGCUUUUCCUGGAGUUUUCCCAGCUGGGAUUCAUUGGCAAGCUUUUCCGCACAUCAGAUCUGCCAAUGAUUGUGGAGUUCUUCCUGAUGUUUCACAAAGACAAGCCAAUCGAUUGGCUGCUCGAUCACAUCCUGUGGGUUAAAGUGUGUAACCCAGAGAAAGAUUUAAAACACUGCAAUAAUGAGAAGGCCCGACUGAAGAGAGCUUACAAACCCUCCCUGUUUCAGCAUGUCGGUUUGCAUUCCUCACUGCCCGGUAAAAUUCAAAACCUAAAGGAUAAAGACUUUGGAAAUCAAGUGCUGUUCAAAGGCCACUAUAACCCGCCAGCAGAACUCAGCAGCAGUCUAGAGAAAUAUCAGUCUCACACUCUGGAGAGAGCUUACAACGGAGACGACUUCUUCUGGGGCCUCACACCUAAAAGAGGAGAUUACAUCCUCAUUACUUUUACCACACCUCAAGCUGUCAAAGGGUACUUUUUUCGAUCUGGCAAUAUUGAGACAAAUGGUGACAGGUUUUACAACACAACAGUGGAGGUGCUCCCUAAUAAUAACUCUGUGAAAGAGAAGGUCACUAGAGGAGAAUUGGCCUGCUGUAAAACCUCAUCUGAUGGCUUUGUUCAGAUAGGGUCUUUCAAGAAUGGAGUGGCUGAGGGAGAAGUGGAUGGAGCAUUAGGACAAAUAGUGGCCAUGCGACUCCAUGUUCACUCUGAUUCUGACGUCUGGGUCCUUCUCAGUGAGAUCUUUAUUAAAGUUUGAUGAGCUGAGGAGAGAGGAGAAAUUGUCCAC